AUGCGGAUCGGUAACCCAUUACCCACCUCUCUGCCUCUCGAAUGCUCUAAGGCUGCCCGGACUUUCAAGAGUUUCGUCAGUCCAACGAACGGAAUCGAUGGUCUCAUACCCUCACACGUGCUCAGAUCAGCGCACGGUUUCGCCAUCUUCACCGUCGCCAAGGCCGGCUUCCUGAUGUCCGUCCGAGCUGGUACCGGAGUGGUGGUUGCACGUCUGCCCGAUGGCCGCUGGUCGCCUCCGUCGGCAAUUGGGACAGGCGGGAUGGGCUUUGGCGGUCAAGUAGGCGCCGAGGUCGCCGAAUUCAUCCUCGUCCUAAACUCCAGAUCUGCUCUCACCCAAUUCAUGUCCGCCGGCUCACUCACCCUCGGCGGCAAUGCUUCCGUCGCUCUGGGCCCCAUCGGGAGAAACGCCGAAGGAUCUGGUGCUCUCAACUCCAAGGGAAAGCUUGCUGCCAUGUACUCUUAUUCCAAAACCAAAGGUGCUUUUGCUGGGAUUAGUGUUGAGGGCAGUGCCAUCUUUGAAAGGCAGGAUUGCAAUGUUAAGGCUUAUGGUCGCGGUGUGACAGCAACCAAGAUACUUGCUGGUCACAUUGACAUACCCUUAUGGGCGGAAGACCUCUCAAACAUUCUCACGGCGCGGGCAGGAAGUUAUACCGAAUACAUUGACCGUCAUCCUCCAUCAGAAUCACCCAGGAAUACAAGCUUUGAAGAUGAUCGUCUAGCAGGCGAAAGGCACGGCUAUGAAAAUACUUUGUUUGAACCGCGGAACAACGAUUUUGAACGGGACGGCGCUCGUGAAGCCCGACCGCCUAGUGAACCAUACUCCUUCGGGACCUCUUAUACCUGUGGCUCCUCUGGCCGCGCCGGGCCGAAAUCUCAGAACAGAAAGAGUAUCUUCACCGUCAGUUCCUGGCGACUCCCUAGUCGUCAGAAUUCCGCCAAGACCGACCAGAGUAGUCUCAGCCGACAAGGCUCAACAACUCCGCAUUGGAUCGACAACGUCAGAUCGGAAUCUCCACCGCCCCCAGGAAAUUGGAACGCCCCGCCUCUGAAUGACGGUGCCCAUACAUUCGGCUCCCACCAAUCCACCUUGAUCACCGAACAGUUGACCGAAAUCUCUGCUAGAAAUCACCACGAUGAGGAAGAUGAUCUCCAUUCACACAGAGGAGGCAAGAAGGAUGAAGACGACGAAAUUCAAUCCUUAUCUUCAAUCGCCUCGGAUGAUGAUGCGCCACUUGACUCGUUGAACGAUUGGCAUGAUUCGCAGCCACACGAGAACACUACUGAUUUACCACGCCGUCGUAGUGAAAGCGUGGCCAAAAAAGCUUUCCCUACCCGCGAUUGGUACGGCGUGAUUCAAGAUGAUGGCUUGGUAGACAAACCAAGGGAUUUGACGCACCCGAAUGGGAUGAUAGAUGACUUGAUGAGUUUCGACCAUAUUGGGCCACCGAGUCCAAUCAAUUACAUGACCCGUUCGAAGAGUGAUUUUCCACGGCGAACAGAUGGGAAGAAAUGCGGGAGGCUAGACGACUAUUCGCAGGAGACACGGGACAUCUUCGGGGGCGACAUGAUGAGCAAGACGAGCAGUGCGCGUCAGAUGAAGUCAUCCCAGACGGGGAUCUGGGCAGACCUGCCCAAGAAGACCGCGAUCUCAGCCUUCUCGUCGACCGACAAGCUGCAUUGCUUCGAAGGCCCCGAGGGCCCCCAAGCCGUCCCGGAACUCCCCCGCGACCGCGAGCUCGAAAAGGACUUCUUGGUCGGCACCCGGAUGCCCUCGGUCGCCUCCACAAACACCGAUCUCGCCGGGUUCCUCGGGAAAGUCGUCGCGCAGUUCGAUUUCCUCGGCGAUCAAGCCGGCGACCUUAGCUUCAAAAAGGGUGACGCUAUCCUUAUCAUCGAGAAAAUUGACGACCAAUGGUGGCUCGGGUCAAUCGGUUUGAGGAGGGGGAUCUUUCCCGUCAAUCGGGUCUCGACUUUCAAGCGUUAAAGAACCCUGAGACAUCCAUAGAGCCUGACGAACCCAACCCAAGGAAACACACACAUGUAUCACUAUAAUCCGGAUCAUUCUUCAAUCUCUCUCUAUUCCUUUUUUUUCCCAAGCAUUUCGGAGGACCUAUUAUGAUGCUCCCGAACCGUCUCCUGUAUACGGCCGUUACCCUUCCCGCUUAGAUCUCCUUCUCUCUCUCUCCUCUGGUUUGUGUUGUAUCCGGUCUUCGUCGAUCGCUGUAUGUUCACCGGGUCCUCUCUUCUCCUCGCUCGCCAUAGACGUUAUCCUCUUUCUCUCACUCUUCCACUCUCCAUGUUCAUUCACUCUGUGGAUCUUUGUCAGAUUGAAUUUUUUUUUUUGGAUGGGUUCAUCUUCGGUUGGGUUUUUGGCUGGGUUUUUGGAGCUGAGCCUUCAGCCACUAGGUCUUCUUCUCUUCCUCUCCACCGGGCCUUUCCACCCCUCUUCUUUUGCCCGUCUUCUCAUCAUCAAACAACAACAACAGACCCACUCGAAUCUGUGGAUCCAAAAAAAAAAAAAAACCCAGCCAGCCAGGCCAAUGAUCAAUGUGUUUUUUUUCUUCCUGUUUGUGUUUGUUUGAUUUAUCGAGCUUAUGUACUUCCAUUCCCCCAAAACCAUUGUUUUUAUUUUUCUUGUUGUUGUUGUUGUUUUGUGAGUCAGAAAAGAAAGUGU